GGAAAGGCGAGAGCCAAGCCGUGGGUCGCGUCGUACCCACGCGGAAGCUGAAGAAAAGGCUCGAUUCGCUGUUCCCUGUCCACAGCUCGCCGCGGAGGCCGUCGCCGCCCAAGUGAGGUCCGGAGUGAAGAGGCUUGCGAUCUCGGCUGCGCGCGCGAAAGAUGGCUGACCCAGAGUUGGAAGCUAUCAGGCAGAGGAGGAUGCAAGAGCUAAUGGCACAGCGUGGUGGGGCAAAUCAGCAAAAUGCAGGCCAACAAAAAGCUCAAGAAGAUGCAAAACAGGAAGCUGAGGAACGCAGACAGAUGAUGCUUGCUCAGAUAUUAUCUUCUGAAGCCAGAGAAAGGCUCUCCCGCAUAGCUUUGGUCAAACCUGACAAAGCUAGAGGGGUGGAGGAUGUUCUGCUGAGAGCUGCUCAAACUGGUGGGAUAUCUGAAAAGGUCUCUGAAGAACGGCUCAUCUCACUUUUGGAGCAAAUUAACACCCAAACAACCAAGCAAACCAAAGUUACGAUUCAGAGGCGUCGGAGUGUUCUUGAUGAUGAUGAUUAGAUGUGACCUCCAAGGUUUCUACGAUUGUACGAUGAGCUGGUGAUGGAUUAAGCGGUGCUGAAUUGUUUACCUAAAAACGAUGAUCUGAAGUGACUAUCACCAACCAUCAAAACUUGCCUAAAAUUGAUGAUCCGCUGUGGCUAUCAUCAGCCAUCAAAACCUGGUAGAUUAUUUCAUGGAUCUGUGGUUGUAUAUGACCCGAAGUCUUGUUGGUGUGCCCAUUGAGGACAGUCGAUACUGGCUGUGUUUAUCCCAGAAACACUUUGCUCUUCCUAAGCUAUGGCAUUAACGGGUGUUUGUGGCCA